UACCGCGGCGGCGGCGGCAUCGGCUGAGGAGGCAACGGCGGCGCUCGGCGCGGGCAGGUCCCCCUGCUGCCCGGUCCCAUUUGUUGCCUAGUCUGGCUCGGGGCGGCCGCGGCUCGCGGAGCUCCGGGAAGCCCGGCGGGGCAGCUGCGCAGCCACGACGGAGCAGCCGCGGGACUGGCCGCCCCGCGCCCCCUUCGCCGCCGUGCCCUUCCCCGGCGCGCUCACCCCCUUCUCGGGAUGGGAUUGUAGCGGCGGCGCGGACUCGGCGGGGAUCGCGGCGGAGGCGGCGGCGGCGGCGGCGGCGGCCGAGCGGGGCUCCAUGUUUUCCCCCGGCCAGGAGGAGCACUGCGCCCCCAAUAAGGAGCCGGUGAAAUACGGAGAGCUGGUGGUAUUGGGGUACAAUGGUGCUUUACCUAACGGAGACCGAGGCCGGAGGAAAAGCAGAUUUGCUCUCUAUAAACGGUCCAAGGCCAGUGGAGUCAGACCCAGCACGGUCCACGUGAUCUCCACGCCGCAGGCAUCCAAGGCUAUCAGCUGCAAAGGUCAACAUAGUAUAUCGUUCACUCUGUCCAGGAAUCAAACUGUGGUGGUCGAGUACACACAUGAUAAAGACACGGAUAUGUUUCAGGUGGGCAGAUCAACCGAAAGCCCCAUUGACUUCGUCGUUACAGACACCAUUUCUGGCAGUCAGAACAAUGACGACGCCCAAAUUACACAAAGCACCAUAUCCAGGUUUGCCUGCAGGAUUGUCUGCGACAGGAACGAACCUUACACAGCACGGAUAUUCGCAGCCGGGUUUGACUCUUCCAAAAACAUAUUUCUUGGAGAAAAGGCAGCAAAAUGGAAAAACCCCGAUGGCCACAUGGAUGGGCUCACUACAAACGGCGUCCUAGUGAUGCAUCCGAGAGGGGGUUUCACGGAAGAGUCGCAGCCCGGGGUCUGGCGCGAGAUCUCGGUCUGCGGAGACGUGUACACCUUGCGAGAAACCAGGUCGGCCCAGCAGAGGGGAAAGCUGGUGGAAACUGAGACCAACGUCCUGCAGGACGGCUCCCUCAUCGACCUGUGCGGGGCCACUCUGCUCUGGAGAACAGCCGAUGGCCUUUUUCACGCGCCGACGCAGAAGCACAUCGAGGCGCUGCGCCAGGAGAUCAACGCUGCCCGGCCGCAGUGCCCCGUGGGGCUCAACACGCUGGCCUUCCCCAGCAUCAACAGGAAGGAGGUGGUGGAGGAGAAGCAGCCCUGGGCCUACCUCAGCUGUGGCCACGUGCACGGGUACCACAACUGGGGCCACCGGAGCGACACGGAGGCCAACGAGCGGGAGUGCCCCAUGUGCAGGACUGUGGGCCCCUACGUGCCUCUGUGGCUUGGCUGCGAGGCAGGAUUUUACGUAGACGCGGGGCCGCCCACGCACGCCUUCACGCCGUGUGGACACGUGUGCUCAGAGAAGUCUGCAAAAUAUUGGUCUCAGAUCCCGUUGCCUCACGGAACACACGCCUUUCACGCCGCCUGCCCUUUCUGUGCCACGCAGCUGGUUGGGGAACAGAACUGCAUCAAAUUAAUUUUCCAGGGUCCGGUUGACUGAUGCCCUUGACAGCCAUCGACAACUUUAUUAACAAGUUACUGUGAAGGUUUUUGCCACUAACUCUAGAUUUUACCUUUUUAUAAAGCUGUUUAUUAAGGGGCGGGGGGCCCGAGGCUGGGAGAAAAGAGGGGACGUAGUGCUGAAACAUACCGGGGCCUAACAGCUCGCAGUGGUGUGUUGCAUGCUCGAAACAGCGGCAUCGUCAUUGAAGUCUGCCUGAUCAAACCACACCAUCUUUGUAAUAAUUGGAUUUAAAAUACCAUGCUUUUAUUUUAACUUGGGUUUGUAAACAAGUUUUUUUCCUUUGUAGACUUUGAUAAAACUUUAAAUCAUAUUUAAAUCAUACAAACGAAGAAAUGUAUUCAAAAGUUGUUGACUCUCAAUGGGCAGCCUUCCGUGCUGUGGGGUGUAGGUGUUUUCCUGACAGACGUACUUGACACAGGCUAGACGGACUCUGACCAGAUUCCAAAGGGGGGGCUCUAUAAAAGGGUGGACAGGAGACAUUAGGCACAGGUGCUGGUGUUGAAAUCGGCGCUUUUUUCUGGUUUAUUUUUCUUGCUUUUGGGGGGAGAGAAUAUUCAUAUGUUGUCAUGUUUUCUUCUUAACAUUGGUGGAAUUUAAUUAUUUUAUACACACAAUUACCAAAUACCUUGGCAUUUCAAAAAAAAGAAUUUUCCAUAAAUUUUUAGUCUGCCUUUUGUUAUUUCUGUCCACUAUGGUUUGUCCCUGAUACUCACCUUGCAUGGCCAGAACUGUUUGAUGAAAAUGUAGCCGCUCUUAAAAAUUCAUUAAUUGAGAGUGAUUAUUGCAGCAGUAAACAAGGCCUAGGUCCUAUAAUAUCAAGUUUAUUUGCUUACCGAAUUGUUUAAUAUUUAAGAGUGAUUAAAAAUGAGAUUUUACUUUUUAAAACCACUUGUUGGGGUUUCAUAAGUUUUUUUGUUUGGUUUUUUUUCUUAAGAAAGCCAAAAUUCUGUGAGCCUAAAAGCAACAUAUCACAAUGAUACAAGCAUUUUUAUUCACUCUCUUUCCACCAUCUGCCACCUUCCCUCGCAGCUUACGGAGCCCUGUAAGUUUUGAAAAUGUUUGCAAAUUGAACUAAAUUUAAAUGUGAUCAUUAGAUAUACACAACACCAAGUGGUACAUCUGCAGAGAUAAUUUGAAAUUCCUGAUUUCAAGAGAGCAAAUGAGUGUUUACUGAGGAAUAAUUAAAUCAGAAUUUCAUAUGAGCUCCACCAUCCCCCUCUGUUAGUUUCAUUUCAUUUGGAGUAAUGAUUCUUGGAUGUUCGCUCUGUGUGGUACCCAGUAGCAUCACUGCUCCCAGAAUGUAAAGAUCCUUCACACAUGAGACUGCCAGAGCCAGCUGAGAUGAAAUAGAUCCCUGCCAUAUGGAGCAAGUAUUUAUUUAAACUAACUCAAAUUGACCAUUGCAAAUCCGGGCUACAUUUUUUUUAACCUUUGUAAAGAUGCAUAAUUUAUAUGAUUCUAAUAUACUGUAUCCAUACUUGAAUUGGUUUUUUCAUGUUUUGCCUACUGGCAAAUAUUUUGCCUAUUUUCAACUGUUCUAACCCAUUUUGAAUGUCAUUUUCUUUAAAGUGAUAAACUAUAUUACUCUUGAUUGCUGCUGCUUAGUUUCACUUAAUAUAUAAAAAAGUUCAGCCUCUCAGUUUUAAAAUAGCUUUACUUUUCAAUGGAUAUUAUUACUUAGGGUGAGGCGUUUUUGUUUUGGUAGUUUUUAAGUGAUGUGAAAAUUCAACAACAGUCCUCUUAUUGAUAGCUUACUCUAUUCUGUAUAGCUUACUCUACCUGCAGACAGAAAAGGAAAGAAAACAAUGGAAUUGCCUAGAAUAAUAUAUCUAAAGCCUUUUGAUUUAGCCAGACAGAGUCUCCAGUGAUUAGCUUUCACUGAUAGUGUCUUUUCAGUCUAUGAAUCUUCGGGCUCCACAGUGAUAAAGGAGGCACACAGCCCCUUUUGUUGCUAUAGAGCUAGAAGGUGGUUGGAGGAGCCUUGAUGCCCCAAAAGCAUCUUGUAAGGUAAAUGGUCUUGCAUCCAGAAAGGCUGGAUUUUACCUGUCAAGAAAUUUUUUUUCCCUGAAAGUCAUGCUCUGAUAUAAUUUUCCAUUUCAAGAACUAGAUAGAAGUCUAAUAGUUCUGCAUACAACAUAUGUCCCCAAAUAAAAUUAUCUUCCAACCUGCACAGUUUCUGACUUUUAGUAAACUCAGAUAACUAAAUGUAAGUUGAAGUUUAGGUAAUAAAUUCCUAACUCUUGGAAGGAGUAACAGUGAACCGCCCUCUGUCAGCACCACAUCUUGUUGUCUGACUUCCAAGUGAGGUCCCCUCCCACCCUGCCUAGGCACCGCAGAGAGGGGGCAAGUCUGCAAAAAGAAAAACCAUGCUCAUCUUGGCCACUUCUAGUGAGAUCCCCUUAUAAUUUUGGCCAAUGAGAUUUCUUUUUCAGAGUUGAGAGCAAGUUAGUUUGUAAGCAUCAAGAACUCUAGCUCACCAAAGUAGAGUAAUACAGUUCAGAAAAAGGUAACCCUCUCAGAGGUCACUUCUGUUUUCAUGUCUUGCUUGCCAUCACAUUGAAAGGUGAGCCUCACUCCCCCAUGUGUACUCAUAGGAAAUUGCUAACCAGUUAUCCUGAUCUAGGCCUGACUGAAAUGCCUUUUGUGAAUAGGUUUCCAGAAGUUCGGCUCCAGUGAUGUAUUCCCAUAGAUAAUAUUUUUUUUCUAUUUGUUUAUGUCCGUUUACUACAAAAAAAAAAAAAAAAAAAAAAAAAAAAUCAGAAUGAAUGGGAUACAACUCAAUAUUUUUCUAGUCCGGAAUUUUUUUAUUAUUAAUAAUUGGUGCUGCCGGGUCAUGCAUGCCUCAACUCUUAACAUUCCCUUAUUUGGUUCCACUUUUUGCAAAAAGGGCUACAGUUCACACUGCAGAGUAAAUAUUAAGCUUUCUGGGUUGGUUCCCCCCCCCCCACUGUGGCCCAAAAGAAUUAAAAUCUUUUAAUAUAAAUAGAGAGCAUAUUUAUCAUUCCUCGAUAGUUAAUUAUAGAGUUUGGUACCUUUGUGCCUCAGGGAAGCCACGUGAUAUAACUGGUUAUAGAAUUUCAGGGUUAGGGUUUAGGGAAAGGAGAAAGCCAUUGGAAAAAUGAUGGACUCCAUUAAGGAGACGAAUGAACCUGGAUGCAGAAAUAUGCCAGGAACUGGCAUACACAUGAUUGUAAUAGCAUUUAUUUCCAGUAUCAGUAGGGAAAUUAUUUUAAGUUAUUACAUAUACUGUAUUAGGAAAGAACUCUUUUCUUCAUAAUGCUUCCAUGCUUUAUUUCUGCUUUCAUAGAAAAACUCAAACCCCUGUUUUAUGGGAGUUCAGUGUUGUAUUGGAGCACUUUUGAGAUUUUAAGGAAAACUUUUCCUCCUUCUUAAUUUAAGUGUAACAUGGGUUACAGAAUUGUUACCUGCUGUUCUAUGAUUUUGAUCAACUUUUUUUUUAAAGCUUUCUGUUCUCUGGAUUUGCAUGAAAGGAUUAUGAUCACACCAUUGUUCAAGCUGGCUAAAACCUAUUCUCUUCAUGUAAUCCUGCAAUCCUGUCUUGUGACAGUGGAAUUUCUGAUAGACAAACCACAGAACCUUGAUUUUUUAAGCCAGGUCCCCCACCCUGUUCCUUUGCCUGUCAAUCUUGUAUCCCCAUAGGUUAGCCCUCGUGGGCUCAGAGUAAGAAGGUUUUCCCUUCAGUGCUGGAAAUGGAGCCUGGUCUGAUCGUUUCUUUACGACCCAAAGGCCAAUGAGAACACUUUAGGAUCUUUUUUAAAGAAUGUAAGCAUUAUUGAAGCAGCAAACCAAGUUUCAGUAUUUUUUUUUUUUUUUUGUAAAGCUUACAUCCUCUCAAGUAAGUUUUAGCCCUCAUGAGGAUCCCAAGAAGAAGAUAGGGAAAAGCAAGUAUUUUUCCAGUUCUGUUUAACUGUUUCUAAACAAACAAAACUCAAAGAAAGGGAAGUUUCUUUUUAGCUGAGAUGACAGAUUGCUUCUCUGUAUUAAAUAGUCUAGAAGUUAAGGGGUGGUCAUAUUUCCCAUGUAUAAUGUUCUGAGCAGUUAAAUUUUAUGGCUAUAUUUGUAAAACUGUUCUUUUAUAUUUCAUGUCAAAUUGAAAAGUUUAUUUCUUCACUAUUGUACCUGUGGAAAUACAAGCCAUUUUACAGGAAAAUCUUCAAAAACUA